GUUAAAUUUAUAAAAAUUAUAUAAAUUUAUACUACUAUAAAAUGUAAGUUUUAUUUAUAUUAUCUACGUUCAAUGUAAUUAGCGAGAAUUAAAAUUGUAUAUUAUAAUUGUAUUUUUUUACUUUCAUAUGGUUAUAUUGUAAUUAUGCAAUUAUUAUUAUUAAAGUUUUCUGUACAAUAAAUUGCAGGUUGAUAGUUACAAUAAGUAAUUACUUAUUUGGAAUUUUGAGUAAAAGAGUAAAUGAUUGCACCUACAUUUGAACAAAACCAGGAAGAAUUUAAAGAAUUUAAACUGUAUUACACAAAAGCUUACAAAAUCGGUUUUUUUUAAAAAAACAAUUUUUUUGAAUGCCCCACUAGUAAUGGUCUUAUAAUUUGUAUUGGGGUCUCAUUAUUAGAUGGUUUUCUAUUUCUACAAUUUUUUUUUAUCAUUCAAUUUUUUAAACCUUUGAUAAUUCAAUUCAGUUAGUGAGUAGUAUUAGAGUGGUUUACUUUUAAGAUUCAUUAUUAUUUCCUUUGUUGCAUUCAAAUUUGCUACCCAUUUUAAAUGUCUAGCAGAUUCAAUACUCUUUGUGUGGGUAAUAGAUACUAAUAUGGAUACACACCAAGCCUAGUUUAAUAUAAUUUAGUUAUAUGAUUUCUAUUAUGACACUGGUUUAUUUCAGUCAGAGGUUAAAUUAUUGUUAAUAAUUAUAUAUUUGACUUUAAAUCUUCUAUACAAAUGUAAGAAUUUUAUUAAUGUUUGAAAUUCAAUAAAAAAUAUAUUAUAGUGGAACAAGAAUAGUAAACGUUACACUAUAUUAAAAGCAUUGCUUCUGUUGGCAAUCUUUUAGCGUGUGGCCUUCGGCAACAUUUCUAUUGUAGUUUUGUGACUUACGUAGUAAGUUAUCAUCAUUUCACUGUGUGACUUACAAUCUUCCUUUAAAACUCUUUAAUGUCCAAAAUUAUCAAAGUACUUAAUCAAAUUACGGUAUAGAUCCAAAAUUCAUAAAAAUAAUAAUUUAUUUUUAGAUGUAUUAAAUUUUUUUAAAUGAUAUAAAAACUAUACAUUUUAUUUUCAUUGACCCAAAAUCUAUUAUAAUUUCAAUAGAAAUUAGAAUUUAUUAUUUUGUAUUUAAAUAUGUAUAAAAUAUACCUACUUAUUAUUUGUUAUUAAUUUGUGUUUAUCACAUUUAGAUACAUGAAAAAUAACUUCAUAGGUCACCAUUGAUUUGUUGGUUACACACUAUAAGAAUGCCCUUCUGUUUUAGAGGAAGGUAUACAUAAAUUAUCCAUUAUUGAAUGUCAUGUGAUUUUUUUUUUUUAUGAUUUAUUCGACUAAUGUGUGAUAUAUUGAGUAUCACAACACGCUGAAUACGUUCAAAACGACAGUUUUUUCUUAUCAUUUUUGGCCAUAAUUAAAGCAGUAUUCCAGUAACAUCUUUUGCCAUUUGUAAUAUUCUGUUUGACUCUACCUUGGUAACAUUAAAUAAGUAAGACUUACUGAGAAAUUUCCAGAGUUAAGAUAAUUUUAACUUCAUGUGGGUUACAAUGGUCAGUUGACAUUUUCAUAUCUGUGGACAUGACACAAAAUGUCUUGAAUAUCGCCUUUAGGGUAUUCUUAUAAGCAUUCUUAACAUACACAAAUAUGUUUACUUUCUGUGAUUGUUAUUUAUACAUUGUAAAUAAUAUGUUUUUAUGUACAUUUUCUUUUUUACCAGAAUACAAAUGUAAAGUGGCUAAUCAUGGACAGAGAAAAUAAAAAAUCAAAUAAUAAACAUAAAAGCCUUUAUGACCAAAGUAAUAAUAAUAAUGCAAAUUCAAGUAAUCAUAAUCCGCGAGAACAAUGGAGAACAAGUUCAAUUAAUAAACAAGAGCAAUGGAAUGAUAAACAUGAUUCAUUGGAAAAAAAUUACAAUUUUAGUACUUGCAAUAAUAAAUAUAGUUCAGGUAAAGAAAUAAAACAGUUUGUUUUUGGAUUUAAGCGUCUUGAAGAAUUAUGUAAUAAAGAACCAUCUGAAAUUAUAUUUGUGAUGUCUAAUAGAAGUAAUGGUUUUAUGGAUUUGUUUAAACAAAAUAAAGAACCAGAUUGGAUAUUUUUACUUAUGAAAGUUUCUGCCAAGAUUUGUAAUACAGAAUUCCAACAGAGUAAACUAACUUUAUUAACAGAACUUACUUGUUCUACUUUUUUUGACCAUCUAAACAAAUAUAUAAUCACUACACCGACAGAAAAAAAACACCAGCAUGAAAAACUGAGUGCAUUUUUUGAUGAUUGUUUAGUGGUUUUUCAAUCUAUUACAACUUUAUUUCCGAAAACUGCUGUUGAAAGAUUAAAAGAUAUAGUUGUAAGUUGUAAUAUUGCAUUAAAUGGUAUCAAAACUUAUUGUAAUAAUAUUAAAAUAAAUGAAAAUUCAAUGAAUAAUAUGCAUGAACUAUUACAAAAAUUAAGCAGUAUAAAAAUUACUGAUGAAUUGAAAUUGAAAGAAAAAUCAUUAUUUGAUAAUAUUGCUCAAAAUUAUCCUCCACCACAAAAUUUUAGAGACUUAACAGUUUUUCCAACCUCUGAUGAUUUGGAAUUUCAAAAACCUUUUUUACGACCAAAUAUAUUGAAAGGAGCCUAUCAGAACGUGGAACACUAUUUAGAUGUACAGUUUCGUCUCUUACGUGAAGAUUUUAUUGGUCCAUUACGUGAAGGAAUUAAUUUCUAUAAAGAAAUGACAAACAAUAAACAACAAAAUCAACCUAGAAAAAAAAUUAAUAAUAUUCACGUAUAUCACGAUGUCGAAUUUGAAACUAGAGGUGAGUUUGUUUACGAUAAAUUUGGUUAUGUAAUAAACUUUAAUAAGAAAAAUAAAUUGAAAGUAAAUUGGGAAAUGUCAAAAAGAUUUAUGUAUGGCUCUUUAUUGUUAUUUACUGUAAAUGAAUUUAAAACUUUUUUUUUGGGUGUUGUAUUGGAACGUAAAAUUGAACUUUUAAAUCAAGGAAAAUUAAUUGUGGAGUUAUUAAAUAAUAAAAAACCAAAAUAUGCUACUUCUCUUAUGAUGGUAGAAAGUGAAAUAUUUUUUGAACCAUAUAAAUGCUCUAUGGAAGUGCUCAAAACCUUUAGUAGUGAUAAUUUUCCUAUGGAGAAAUAUAUAAUUUCAGCUUGUAAAGAAAUAGAUUACCCAUACUAUAUCGAACAAAUACCAAAUCAAAAAUAUUCAAUUGACGAUGUGAGACCUUUCCAUAUUCUGGAUAAUGACUAUUGGCCUAAUAAAGAACAACUACAGCUUGAUGAAUUGCAAUAUAAAGCCUUCAAAGCAGCAUUGACAAAUGAAUUUACAAUUAUUCAGGGUCCUCCUGGUACAGGGAAAACAUUCAUUGGAUUAAAAAUAAUGAAAACUCUUAUUAAUAAUUUAUAUUCAAAUGUUACUUACAAUAAAACAUCGUUCUUCACAACUAAUUGUUCAAUUCUUACCAAACCGAUUUUAGUUGUUUGUUAUACAAAUCAUGCUUUAGAUCAAUUUACAGAAGGUAUAUUAAGUUUUACAAAUAAAAUUGUUAGAAUUGGUGGUCAAUCAAAAUCUAAAUUAUUAGAAAAUUAUAGUUUGAAGAAAAUUACACAUAUGCAUAGAAGAUCUGCCACUAUUAAUGUAGCACUAAGAAAUGUUGGAGAUCAAAUGAAAAAUUGUAUGGCGGAAAUCAAAUAUUUAAAAAGAUGUAAGGAAGUUUUUUCCUAUAAUGCUGGUAUUUUAGAGCUAUCAUUACUAAAAAAUGGUAUGCCUAAAAAAUAUCAUAAGUUUUUUGAAACUACUUUGGAUCUUCUUUCAUGGUUAUUUCAAGAUCGCAACUACUUUAAUGUAGAUCCAAUCAGAUUUAUAAAAUCUAAUUAUGAAUUGAUUAAUAAGAUAAUUUAUUCAGAAAAUUUGUUAGAAAUUAAACAGGUUACUGAUGAAAAUGAUGACGUACAAGGAUAUGUAGGUGAUGACCCAGACUUAGAAUAUUUUCAUAAUGAUAUUGUGAUGUAUAGUAUUACUUUAGAUGACAUUAAAAAUGCAUGCAACGACCUUCUCUUGGAGACAAUUCGAUUACAGAAAGAAUCUGAAUUCAAUAUAAAAUGCUUUGAUGAAUAUGAAAUAGCAAAGUUAAAUUUUGAUAUAAUGAAAAAGAUACAUGAUUAUUUUAUGGAUAUGUUGAGUUUAGUUAAUGUUGAUAUAGAUCUGCCAAGAUCAAUCAACUUGAGUAUGUUAAAUAUGAGACAAAGAUGGGCAUUGUAUUUUAAUUGGGUAAACGAGACGAAUGACAUGUUUGAACCAAAAAUAUUGGAUUAUGAACAAAAAUAUAUUCAGGUUUAUAAACAAUAUGCAGAACUAAGACAGUUAGAAAAUAUUGAAAUUUUUAAUAAGAUGCACAUCAUAGCAUUAACCACUACAGGUGCAGCUAAACAUAGAAUAAUGCUUGAAGGUCUAGAGUCACCAAUUGGUAUGAAUUCUAAUUUUUAAUAUGUUUAUUUUAAGUUAACAUUUUGAAAUAAAUUUGUAUUUUUAGUGGUAGUUGAGGAAGCAGCUGAAGUUUUAGAAGCACACAUUGUUUCAUCUCUAACUAAAUACUGUCAACAUCUAAUAUUGAUAGGCAUGUAUUUAUUAACCCUAAUUAGUAAAAUAAUUCAUGUUUAUAAAUUGUUAGCUAUUUCUUUUUCAUUAUGCAGGGGAUCAUAAACAAUUGCGUCCUAGUAAUGCAGUGUAUAAUUUGGCAAAGCAUUAUAAUUUUGACAUUUCAUUGUUUGAACGUAUGGUAAAUAAUGAUGUACCUUGUUACACAUUAGGCGAACAGCAUAGAAUGCGUCCUGAAAUAUCAAAACUUAUAUCUCCAAUUAUCUACCCAAAUUUGAAAAAUCAUAGUUCAGUUUUCAAUAGGGAGAAUGUGCGCGGUGUUACUAAGGAUUUAUUUUUCCUUAAUCAUAAUGAGUAUGAAAACGAAGUAUGUUACAUUAUUUUCUAUGCCUUAGUUAUAAUUAGAGACCGGAUUUAUAUGUUCUUAAAACCCAUAAAAAAAAUCACUUAAAAUAUGUAUAAAUGCAAAAAUAAUAGAGGGUUUUAAUAGUUCCCCCUCUAACUGAUUUAAUUUAUAAAUACAAUUUUCUAACACAAAAAUGAUUAAUAAAAAGUAAUUUUUUUUCACAAUAUGUACGAUUUUAUUUAAAAGAAAUUAUUAGAAAUGUUUGUAAAUACUUUUUUCAGAGAUUUUUUGAUGUUUUGAAGUGCGUUUUUGUGGAUUGUAAGAGAAUAUAAAUCUGGCCUCUAGCUAUAAUAAUGACUAUAAGUUGUUUUUUUUUUUUUAGGUUCAAGAAAUUUCUAGUAAGAGUAAUGAACAUGAAGCUAAAUUUUUGAUUAUGUUUGCUCGACAUUUACUUUUACAAGGUUACAAAACUGAACAAGUGACUAUUUUAACAACUUAUAGUGGCCAACUAUUCUUACUUCGCUCUGUAAGUCAACUCAUCACAAUAUUAAUAAGUUUUAUUGAACAACGACCAUAUUAGUUUAUCAAUUUUAACAUUUUUAGCUAAGAAAAAAACAUUCUAUAUUACAAGAUAUGAAAAUUACAGUGGUUGAUAAUUAUCAAGGCGAGGAAAGUGAUAUUAUAUUACUGUCCUUAGUCAGAAGUAAUGAAAACAAAAAUGUAGGAUUUUUGAAAACUGAAAACAGAAUAUGUGUUGCUUUAUCAAGAGCAAAAUAUGGACUUUACAUAAUGGGAAAUAUGGACAACUUGUAUAAUUCUGGUGAUUUGUGGAAACAAAUUAAAGAAUCGUUAGUUAGUCAGGAUUCAUAUGGUAAUUGUGUUUUGUAAUUAUAUUUUUCUUUUACAUUAAUAUUUACUCAUAAAUGGUCUGAUUUAAGGUGACGAAUUGACUUUAGAGUGUGCAGUUCACAUUGGAAUCACCACAAAGGUUUCAAAAAGUGAAGAUUUUAAUUUACUUAUGGAAGGUGGUUGUAGCAUGUUGUGUACAACAUUGCUAUCAUGCGGUCAUUAUUGUAAAAGUAUAUGUCAUUCUUAUGACCUUGAACAUUCAGAAAUGAAAUGUAGAGACCCUUGUAACAGGUAAACUAUAAUAUAUUUUAUAAAUAAUAACUACCUAGAGCACCUAUGAAUAACAUUCUAAUGUACCUUAUCUCAAAAACCGAUAGAAAAAAAAUUUGUUAUCAAGUAAUUAUAUUUUUCAGAAGCAAUGCCAGUAAAAAAAACAUUUAACAGUUUAAUUGUUUAUAGAUUUUGGUUUUAUAUAUUUACUGCUAGUUACUGGUUAAAGGUUUUAUUUAGUAUUAAACAAUAACUGUAAUACUCAGUUCCACACCAUAUUUACUUAAAACCAAUCCAAUGGGAUGAUGGAACUCAACUUCAUGUACCACAAAAUGAAUGGGGUGAAUAGGAGGAACAAUUUUAAUAGUUUUUUGAAAAUUGUGAGGUCAUAGAUGAUGUAUAGCAUAAAUUGUUUUGGAAAGCCUAGAUAUAAACAAUAUGUGUAGACGUUGUAGUUGAAAGUUCAAAACAUAUUUUAUUAAAGUGUUCCUAUUGACCAGAAAGUUGGGGUAAAUAGGAACAUCUAAUAUAACGCCACACAAUAACAUUAAAACACAACAUAUUCUUGUUUUAAAAUAUCUCCUGAUUGAGCAGUUUUGUAUCUGAAAUUAAUUAUAUUGUGAGUAAAAAACUUUAAAGACAGUCAGUAUUGAAACAAAUGUUUUACAGACAGUUCAUUUCUAUGGGAGGUAAUAUUUGUGACCUGCAUGCUCCCCAGAUUUGACAUCUUGUUUUUUUUUCUGUGAGGUUAUGUUUAUCUGAGGUUUAUAAUUAUCAAACUAGGAUUCUAGAAGUUUUAAAAAAAGUUAUUUACAAAAAAUUUUACUGUUUAACUCAGGAAUUGCUUAAAAGAGUUAUGCGAAACUUAUCAUUUCACUUAGAGCAAUGUAUAGACAAUAAAAAAUAACAUUUUUUUGAAACAAAAUAUCCAUUUCCUAUGUUGUUAAAUAUAUAUAUAUUGUAUUGUUAUUUUUUUAUAUACUUUCAAAACUAGUGAGGAUAUUUUUUUGUACCAUGUAUAACUUAAUAGCUAAAUAUAUAUAUGUUUAUCACAGAAGUUGUAAUUACAACCAUCUAUGUAUGAAAAAAUGUUUUGAGGAUUGUGGACAGUGCAAUGUAAUGAUGUUAAAAGAUCUACCAUGCGGUCAUCAAUCAUCAUUACAAUGUUCUGUUGAUACGAAUACAUUUUCUUGCGAUAAAAUGGUAAUUGAUUAUUUAUGAAUAUAACAUAUUUAUUUUUAUAUUGCAAUAAUUGCAAGUGAAAUAUUUAUUAAAAUAGGUUGAAACAGAAUUGGAAAAAUGUGGCCAUAAAAUCAUUCAUAAAUGUCAUGAAAAAAACCCAAACUGUACAUUUAAAUGUUUUGAUCGGUUAGAUUGUGGACAUGCAUGUGAACGAAAUUGUCACAAAAACGAUGACCCGGAUCACGAAAAUGUGAUUUAUUUUUUAAAUCUUAGGUAGCCAGUUAUAAUAUCUUAUUUUUACUAAUAUUUUAAAUCAUUUUCACAGUAUAAAUGCUUAAAACCUUGUGAAAAUACUAAUGAAAACUGUACAUUAAACCACAAAUGUCUGAAGUUAUGUUAUGAAGAUUGUUCAACUUGCACUGUAAGAAUUAAUAGAGUUCUUGCUUGUGGACAUGAGAAAACAAAUUCUCCUUGUGGAUUAAAUGAUAAAGACAUUAAAUGUUAUCGUUUAUGUGAUCGUAUUUUGUUGUGUAAUCAUAAGUGUACAAGUUUAUGUUAUGAAAUUUGUCAACCAUGUCAAAUAAAAGUUAGUUAAUUAUUGUAUAUGAUCAGUCAAUAAGUAUUUAUUGUAAAAAUUUCAUUUUAAGGUAGACAAGAUUAUUCCCGAUUGUGGACAUACAUCUACAGUUGAAUGUUAUUUGAAUCCAACACGUAAAGACUGCACUCAAAAUUGUGAACGGACAUUAGUUUGUGGACACAAAUGUAAAAAAUUAUGUGCAAAGAAAUGUCCAACAAACCAAUGUGAUGAAUUAGUAUUUCAGAAAACAAGUAUUCUUGCUUGUGGUCAUAAUAAAGUCUGGAUAUUAUGCUGUGACAGAGAUGAAGGUGAUAUUUUUGUACCAAUUAGAUACUUUUAUUUACCUAAUGAAAAUAAAAAUAUUUUAUUAAAUGUAUUAUUAUUAUUAUUUUUUUUAUUUAUUUAUUUAAGGCUUCAAAUACAUCAUUUAUUAACCUACAGUGGUUUACAAAAUUAAUUUAUGUAUAUAUGCUCCAUUGUUUUAGAUGUUCGAUGCGAGAUCGGCUAUCUUGAUGAAGUCUAAAAUUCUUUUUUCUUCUCCAUAGUUGAAUGCUUCUUUGAGUGAGCUUGUGUUUAAAUUUGAUUUCAUUCGAGCGUUCUGGUAGUUGGGGCAUUCUAGGAAUAUAUGUUUGACGAUGAGUUCGUUGAGGCACGUUUCACACCUGGAUUUGGGCUCCUUACGCAACAAGUGAGAAUGUGUGAGUUUGGUGUACCCAACGCUUACUCGGGUUAUCAUGAUUUCCUCGUGACGUGUUAGUUUAAUUAGUGGAUCUGGCCAUAUUUUUGUUGUGAGUUUUAUUUGCUUAAAUUUGUUGUUUUGAUUAGUUUGUGUAUCCCAUAUAUUUUGCCAUAGAGAGUAACAUUUGAUUUUUAGGGCAUGGAUGAUUACAUCCUCGUAUGUUACAUGUGAGUAUAAUUUGGAGUCCGGAGAUCUUGCUGCUUCCAUUGCCAAUUUGUCGGCACGUUCAUUACCUGGAAUGCCGAUGUGUAAUGGGACCCACAUGAGUUUUAUUUGCUUAAAUUUGUUGUUUUGAUUAGUUUGUGUAUCCCAUAUAUUUUGCCAUAGAGAGUAACAUUUGAUUUUUAGGACAUGGAUUACAUCCUCAUAUGUUACAUGUGAGUAUAAUUUGGUGUCCGGAGAUCUUAUUGCUUCUAUUGCCAAUUUGUCGGCACGUUCAUUACCGGGAAUGCCGAUGUGUGAUGGGACCCACAUGAGUUUGAUUGUUUUGGGGUUUGUGAGGAUAGUAUUUUGGAUGUUUCGGGCGAGGUUACAUUUUGUAUGUAUGUUGGAUAUGGAGGUGAUUGCACUAAGAGAGUCACUUAAUAUGAGGACUUUGUCAUGGUUAGUAGAGAGUGAGAUGGUUAUAGCUUCUAGUAUGGCAAAGGUUUCUGCAGAGUAUAUACUGGAGAAAGGGGCGAUUUUAUAGAGAUUGUUGUCUUCAGAGUGAGUGAUGGCGAAGCCGAUAUCAUUUGCUGUUUUAGAAGCAUCUGUGUAGUAGUGAAUGUAAUUAUUGAAUUCAUUGUUUAUUUUUUCGUUGAAAGUAUUAGUUAUCAGAUUAUAGGGUGUAUCUUUUUUGUUAAAUAUGGUAAGUUCUUUGUUGGCUUCAAUCUGCUUCAUGUUCCACGGAGGGGAUACUGAGAUGGUUUCUAUGGGUUUUGUGUUAUAGAUCCUGAAAGAUAUUUCUACUACUACAAACGUUUUUAUUAAGUAUUUUCAAGGUUAACCCAACCAGGAGUGACACAUUUAAUUAUGUAACAAAAACGACUAAAAAAAAGAAAGUGAUCUAACCAUCCACAUCUUUCAGUGGAUGGGAGAGUGUUUAAUCAGAUCGAUGUGUACGAAACACGCGCCAAAAUUAAAACUAAUUUUUUUACCUAUACUUNAAAAAGCAAAGGAAUAAAAGUAUUUUUAACACUAUUAAUUCUUAUAUCCAAAAUAAUGCAAAAUGAUAGGAAUACAAUAUUGGCGAUUAUGGUCUACGGGAAACCUUAAAUUAUGGUGAUAACAAAUUACCAACACCAGGUGCGUGUACAAGGUGGUGGGGGUUAGGGGUUCAACCACCCCCCCCCCCUUGAAAUUGCAUGACUAUUAUGAUAAAAGUAGAUAUUUAAUAGUUUUAAAACGGUUUCUGUCAAUGGAGAAGAUAAAUACAAUUUGAUGUAUUUUUUUAUUUUAUUACUAGAUAUAGUAGGUAUAAUUACGAAUAUAUUGUUAUUAUUGUCAUUUAUAAUUUUUUGUGGUUUUUCUGCUUUCAGAAAGUUAUAACUGAUACGGCGAUAUUGCAUACUCCACAUUAUCAUCACAAUAAUAUCAAUUACGUUAUCAUUUAGGCUGUAUUCACUAAAAAAAUAUUGAGUGUAAAAUGAAGUAAUAAUUAUUUAAAAGGCUAAAAAUGAAUGUUAUAUUGACAUUUUUAACGAAAAAUAAAUAAUCGUACAAUCGAAAAUAUGUAAACUUCUUUAUUAUAAAAGUAUGAAAGUGUACAAAAUUGACCCCCCCCGAUUUAGUGAUUUUUUGUAGUUUUUGAUUGCUGUUUCACAAGUUUCGUUCCACCAGGGAACUUUUUUUUUUUGAAAGGAAGAUUGGCUUUUACCAAUUGUGGAUUCGGCGGCUUCGGUAAUAAUGUUUGAGAAUGUUUCAACAAUAUUAUCUAUAUCUGUUGGAAGAUUUGUUUGGAGAAGGGUAUCGAAUUGUUUGGUUGUUAAUAGGUUGUCGACGGUGUUAGAGAAAGCGGACCAGUUUGGGUUUCGUAGGAGCUAUUUGGGAGUUGAUUUUUCUGUUG